AUGAAUAUAGCUCGCCACAAACUAAUUCACACAGGGCUGAAAGUGUUCAAUUGCGAUCUCUGCGAGUAUAGCACUAACCAGAAGUCCAAUCUGGAGUGCCAUCGUCGUCGACAUGCGAAGGACUAUAGCUUUAAGUGCGAGACGUGUGGCAAGGGCUUUUAUUACAGGACCGAGUAUAUAGAGCACCAGAAUACGCACACCAACAAGAAUCCGUAUCGCUGUGAACACUGUUGUAAGCAUUACAAAUACAAGAAGAAUUUAUUAGUACAUCUAGGGAUGCAUCAUACUGGCAAACAAACCGCCGUAACUGUGAGAAACGCGAGGACGAGGCACGCGUGUAAGUUUUGUCCGGAGAGAUUUGUGUAUAAAAGACUGUUGGACAGGCACAUGAAAAAUCAGCACGGCUUCACGAACGUUCCGGCGAAGCACCUGUGCGACCUGUGUGGUGCAGAAUUGUCAUCGAUGAGACGACUGAUAGUGCACAAAUGCAGCCACACAGGCGAGAAAAUUUUUGAAUGCGACAUGUGCGAUAAGAGGUUCGCCAGUAAGGAGAAUCUGAAUAUUCAUAAACGGACGCAUACAGGUGAUAAACCGCAUAUAUGUCCACAGUGUGGCCGCGGUUUCACGCAGAGGACAUCCUUGGUUUUUCAUCUGCGAUAUCACUCAGGUCAAAGGCCUUACCAAUGUCCAGAUUGUGGUAAGGGAUUUGUGUCCAAUACCUUGCUCAAGAGACAUCGCAAAAUGCAUGAGAAGAUCACGCAACCUAAGCUAUGA